CUGUUGGUCUUUUUCCAUUUGAAGUUUUUGUUCUUCAUGUAAUGCUGUCAAUCGUGUCAAUUCAUCCUGAUGUUGCGUAUUCACUUGUUGUAACAAUUUUUGAUGUGAUUGUUCUAGGGCCAUCACUGCAUCUUGGUGUUGUUGUUCGUAAUGCGAUUUCAAUUCCUUUUCUUUGGUGUCAUAUUCAGCUUGUAAUCGUGCUAAUUCAGCGGUGUGGACUUUUUGUAACGCGGAUUCCACCUGAGUUUUGAUUUCGUCUUCCGAUAAUGAAGGUGAAGGUGGUGAUGUUUCUUGUUGUCGUUGUUGUUCCACCUUAUUCAAUUGAUGUUGUGUUUCUUCAUGUGCUUUUCUUUCUUGAUCUAAAUCUGAUUGCAACUGAUCUAAUUGAUGUCCAUGAUGUUGUUGUAAUUGAUCCAUGGCUUGUUGAUGUCCUGCCAUCAGCUGGCUUUUUUUUUGGUCCAAUUCUGCUAAAAGUUUCGUCUCGGUGUCAUGUCGUACAGCGGAGGCAAACGAUACUUGAACAUCGUCUAGGACUUGUUGAUGAUCUUGCUUUAGUGAUGUCAUCCGUUCCUCAUGUUGUUGUUGAAUUUGAGCUAGUCUUUCCUGAUGUUCCUGUUCCAAUUUGUUUGUCAACUUUUCAAGGUUUGCCGCAUGUUCCUGUUCCAUACAUUGGGUUUUUUCUUCAUGUUCUGAUGUCAACUUUGCCUAAGCGAUUCCAAUUGUUGGUGCAACGCUGCUAUGGCUUCUUCAUGUUCUAAAGUCGCCUGAUUCAAUUUAAGUUCAUACUCUUCUUUGCAACGGGUCUAGUACAAAUAAGAUAUAAGUUCCAUUUUUCUGUCUUUUUAUUUACUGUCUUCAGUAUUUUACCUUUAUUUCAAGUC